UGGGCGCUGUGAAAUUGGGCAAUUCAAAGACGAUUUUCGUAUCGACAGAAAUAGAUUUUUUUCCCCUCUACUGCAAUUGUUUUAAGAAAGGCUGAUUGGCCGUAAGUUAUUAGAAAACCCGCCAGUAAAAAUUUUACAUGUCGCGUUUUUCACUAAGUGACGGUAGGAACAAAUCUAAGUGAGUUCCUCUGUAUCUUCAAUGUGCUCCGGAUGUAAACUAUAAGCAGUCAUCAAAUAUGAUAAAAGCAUUGAUUAUUACAUUGGGGAAUGACUUAAUGCACGGGCUUUUGGUGCUUUGUGAAGAGUAGCCACUGUGACAACAAGAUAAAGCAUUGGAGCCAGGAGCCAGCAGGUUGCAUUAUCAACACAAAGCGGCGCACGCGCCUUCCACUGACCACAUGUCACUGUAGAUACCUUGAAUACGGAAAACAGACGACUGUAAACGUACGGGUGCCAAACCAUGACGUCGUUUGCAAUUACCCUCUCUGCCGGUGAUGAAAUAUUUCGAAGUUAGCCCCACAUUAAUAUAUUCAUCAGGUAUCUGGACAAAUACCUGAACAUGUAACUUGCGGUUCGAUGGUGGACUUCUGACUGGACUUUGUGCUUCUGAAGUCUGAGAUGGGUAAUUCAAAAUCUGUUUCAGACCCGAAGAAAGACACAUUGGCCUCGCACCUGAGUACAAGACAGAGAUUACUUGUCCAAGAUACACUAGAACUCAUGAAAGAUGAACUGUCAGAGCUGGGAGUCAUUGUAUUCAGAAGAUUCUUUGAAACUGAACCAAGUGUGAAAAAAGUUUUUCCAAAAAUCGUCAAAAUAAACGAUUCGAACGAACUUGAACUUGACAUGGAUAUGGAGGUAUUGAGUCGUCAUGCUUCAAACGUCAUGCACAGUCUUGGGGCGGCUGUGGAAAGUUUGGAUCACUCCGAGUUCUUCAAUGGCAUUGUGGAAAACAUAGGAAAGUCUCAUGGGCAGCGAAAAAUUAAACCCAAGAUGCUUGAGCUUCUGUGGCCCUCCCUGAAUUAUGGCCUGAAGCAGGUGUUAAAGGACACAUACACGAAAGAGGUAGCGGCAGCAUGGAAAAAAGUGUACUUCUAUCUGUGUAAACACAUGAAGUAUGGAAUAAAGGAAUAUCACCUGAAAGUCAAAAAUUCUAUUUGAUACAUACCCACACUGGAAAAUACUUGUUGACUAGAUUUUUUUGUUGUUGAACAUAAUAUACAUUUGUUACAACAGUUAAUAAACCUUCAGGUUUGAUGUCGCUGAAGGGUGUCUUAAAAAUCAUGGUGGAAUAGAUAUAGAAAGAGAAUUUUAAGCAAUAAUGUACAAAAAGAAGAUACUUUUAUUGCUGCAUUAUCAAUAUAUUCAAGUUGUUGAAGAGUAUAAAACAUGAAUUCCCCCCAGAAAUUCAUGUUUCUGACAUCUCUAUCAAACUCUGUAACAGUUUUUACUCUUAUUGGUGUAAUGUAAAUACUCAAAGUAUUGCAUGACAGACAUUUAUGACAAGAAGAUUGAAAUGUUUUCCAAGAAUAUUGUUUGAAAUAUAAUUUUAAACAUGUCAGCUGAGGUGCACUGUCCUAAAGUUAUGGAAACUUGUUGCUGUGUGUGUUUACAUUUUAUGCUUCACAAGUGACCUUGAAUCAAAAAUGUGCUUUUGAUAUCAUUAAAUAAAUCAGUGCAUAUGUACCUGUGUUACUCACUUCCAUAUGUUUAUAUAA